AUGAAUCCUACCGUAGGAGUCCAGAUUGACGUCAAAAAAGCUCUGUGUAACGUGAAAACAAACGCAAUUCCGACCACAAUCCAAAUCGAUGGAAGUGAAAAUCGCCUGAACCUUGCAUGGGAGCCAGAAAAGGUAUUCAAGUUUCCGAUGGUCUGGGUCAAUCCAGUCACUGGUGUCCGGUGUUUCCAAAUUCUGCCUGACGUCGUGCGGAAACUGUACUUGAAAUCUGGACCGGAUGCCGAGGAACGUGUUUUGGAAGAUGACGAUGUCCGGGUCUGGUUGAACAAGAUUCUCGAUCGAAUUUGCAAGCCAAAGUACAUCUUGAUUCCCGAGUAUGAAGAAGGUGAUGUCGUGAUGUUCAACAAUUGGGCCUGUAUGUGUGGCAGCUGA